UAUCGCAAGCAACCUAAUCCCCGAACAGGUAGUAUCGAAGUACCGGCUAUCAAUCGACGGUGAACGUCUUAUCAGUAAGCAGUGUUAAUAAAAAGCCCAAUAACAUCGGUCGGGCACGUAAAGAGCUUAGUGAACAGCCACUCGGUAAACAUGAAGCUCUCGGUAGCUGCGCUGAUAUUUACGGCACUCGCGGUCGGUGCCCUGGCUGAACCACUCGAUGGAGCGGUGUAUUCAGAUGACGAUCGGCACCAUCCGAGCUUCCCGGAGGAACCAAUCAAACCGCACGCUCGGAAUGCCCAGCAGGAGCAAACCAUCGCGUAUUGGAGGGACAACGCGAAACGGACCGUCGAGUCGAUUGUCAACCGUAAGCAGAACAAAAACGUCGCGAAGAAUGUGAUCAUGUUCUUGGGCGAUGGCAUGUCCAUCUCGACGGUGGCCAUGGCUCGAGUGUACGCCGGUGGUGAGGAAAAGUCCCUGUCGUUCGAAGAGUUCCCGUACAUCGGCAUGUCCAAGACGUACUGCGUAGACUAUCAGGUUCCGGACUCGGCGUGUACCGCUACGGCUUACCUGACCGGAGUGAAGGGUAACUACGAGACGAUCGGGGUGAACGCCAAGGUCCCCAGCUAUGAUUGCAAGGCGGAGCUGGACAAGAGUACGCACACGCACUCGAUCGCCAAGUGGGCGAUGGAUGCGGGGAAGGAUGCCGGAUUGGUGACUACGACACGGGUGACGCACGCCUCUCCAGCGGGAGUGUACGCGCAUACAGCGAACCGGGACUGGGAAAAUGACUACAUGAUUGCCGAGGAAGGAUGUGAUCCGAAUGAGCUGGAUGAUAUUGCGGAACAGUUGGUGCACGGAGAAACCGGCAAACGGUUGAAGGUGAUUAUGGGUGGAGGUCGUCGAGAGUUCCUGGAUACCAACAUCAUGGAUGAGGAGUACAACAGCCGCGGGUACCGAAGUGAUGGAAAGAACUUGAUCCAGGAUUGGUUGGAUCUUGCGGGAUCAAGUGAAAACCGUACAUAUGUGUGGAAGAAGUCCGACCUGAUGGCGGUUGAUCCGAAGAAGACGGACAGAUUGUUGGGACUGUUUGAGCCCGGUCACUGCGCGUACAACCUUGACCGAUUCCGGGACAACAUGAUGGAGGAACCAACGCUGGCGGAGAUGGUCGACAAGGCGACCGAUGUGUUGAGUCAAAGCGAGAAAGGAUUCUUCCUGUUUGUUGAGGGAGGUCGCAUCGAUCACGGUCAUCACGACACCUGGGCCAGGUUGGCGCUGGACGAAACGGUCGAGUUCGCAAAGGCGAUCGAGCUCGCUCGGAAGAAGUUCAGCGAGGAGGACACGCUGAUCGUGGUCACGUCCGAUCACUCGCACAGUGUCAGCUACUCGGGUUACGCGUCCCGCGGAAACGACAUCUUCGGCACCGGUGGAACCGGCUCCGACGGAAUCCCGUACAUGACGAUUAGCUACGCCAACGGGCCGGGAUUUGCGACGCACGUUGACGCCGUGAACAAGGCUCGCGUUGAUCCGCGCAAGCUGGACACCUCGCCGAACGAUUUCCGCUUCCCGGCUACCCUUCCCGUUGGUUCGGAGACCCACGGCGGAGAGGACGUCGCGGUGUACGCUUCCGGACCGUGGGCCCACCUGUUCACCGGGACGUACGAGCAGAACACGAUUCCGCACAUGAUGGCGUACGCAGCGUGUGUCGGUGAUGGGCUGAAAGCGUGCUAGAGCUUUAGUGAUUAAUCUCGAUUUUAGAAUAAAGUAUUGAUUGUUGUAGGUAAAUUUACUUGCGGGCGUUGAGUUGGUCGUAAUCACCGAGUCGUAAAACAUUCGGCUUAUCUUGGCGUCGGCGUCGAAUAGCCCCCCAAUAUGUAGCGUCUAGGCUUGCGCGCAUGAUUGAUUGGAGGAUUAUUUGUAAUGGACCGUAAAAAUAGAAUUCCCAGGUUAUGAAAGACACUGCGACAUGGUAAUCAACGGACCGUGACAAUUGAGUGCUCCGCUGGGAAUGUCCACUUCAUUUACGGCGAUUUCUGUUCGGUGAUUGAUCGGUUCAGGGUUCGAGGUAGUUCGAUUUUGUUUUUGCUUUAUCAGUUUCCUGCUUUUACAAAGUAGUUGCUAACAAUAAUAUCGAAAGAGUCGUAUGAUCAAACAAAAGCUGUUGUGAAGAGAACUUGCUGAUGGUUUCACUUCCUGUACCACAG